AUGGUGUCUGCUCAGUCUGGUGAUGUUGCUACUGUCAAGUAUUUUCUUGAUCAUGGUGGUGAUCUUGUGAAAGCAGAUGACAAAGGGCGCACAGUUCUCCACCAUGCUGCGGGUAUAGGAUGCUGCAAGGUUACAGAGUUCCUCCUGUCAAAAGGAGUGCCUGUUGACAUAGACUGUGGCCGUGGAACACCACUCUUUUGGGCUGCCAGUAAUUUGUUCAAUGCUUGUGCCCAAAUGACUUAUGUGGCUAGGCUGGGGCCUAACAUCAUCAUCAAUGGUACUACCAGUCCCCUUAUGAGUGCUCUUGCUUAUCGUUCAUUGAAGUGCAUGAAGCUACUCAUUAAGGCUGGUGCUGAUGUCAAUUGCAAUGGUUCCAUGUUGACUCCAUUGUUGCUUGCUACGAUGCAUGGAGGUUAUACCAACUUCAUUAAGCUCCUAUUAAAGGCUGGAGCAGAUCCUAAUAUUCCUGAUGAUGUAUGUGUUUUAUAUAUUUUGUUGAUAUUUGCUGACCUGGUAUGCAGAAUUUCACUGUUAAGCUUAUAG